UUUUUGAUAUUUUUCACCACCAUGGAGAUGGUGGCGUUGGCGACUUUGUUGUUUGUUUUUAUUUCUUUAUUGUUUAGAGUUGCAUAUGAUACAAUCUCAUGUUACUGGUUAACACCAAGACGCAUCAAGAGAGUCAUGGAAAAGCAAGGCGUGCGUGGGCCGAAGCCACGCCUGUUAACCGGAAAUAUGACGGAAAUGGCCUCUUUAAUCUCGCAGUCCACCGCCAAAGACAUGAACCAUCUCAGCCAUGACACCGUCGGCCGCCUCUUGCCGCAUUAUGUUACUUGGUCUCAACAAUACGGAAAAAGAUUUGUGUAUUGGCAUGGAAUAGAGCCGAGGAUGUGUUUAUCAGAGCCCGAGUUGAUCAAGGAACUUCUGUCAAAGUACAGCACGAAAGCAGGAAAAUCAUGGCUGCAACAACAAGGAUCAAAACAUUUUGUCGGGCGAGGUUUGUUAAUGGCGAACGGUGAUGAGUGGUACCAUCAACGCCAUCUAAUUGCGCCCGCAUUCAUGGGAGAGAGGCUCAAGAGCUACUCGUGGCACAUGAUUGACUGCACUAAACAGAUGCUUCAGUCACUGCAAAAUGCACUCGAUUCGGGGCAAACAGAGUUCGAAAUUGGGGGGUACAUGACGAAACUCACAGCUGACAUAAUUUCAAGAACCGAAUUUGAUACUAGUUAUGAGAAAGGAAAGCAAAUAUUCCAUCUAUUAACAGUUCUUCAGCACCGGGUUGCUCAAUCUAGCCGUCGCCUUUGUUUCCCAGGAAGCCGGUUUUUUCCGAGCAAUUACAACAGGGAAAUAAAGUCAUUGAAGGUGGAGGUGGAGAGGCUUCUAAUGGAGAUCAUUCAAAGCAGAAAAGACUGUGUAGAAAUUGGCAGGAGUAGUUCUUACGGAAACGAUUUGUUGGGUAUGUUGCUUGAUGAGAUGCAAAACAAGAGAUCGAAAAAUGGAUUUUCUUUGAACCUGCAAUUAAUCAUGGAUGAAUGCAAAACUUUCUUCUUCGCUGGACAUGAAACCACUGCUCUUUUACUCACAUGGACUGUUAUGUUACUUGCCAGUAACCCUUCCUGGCAAGAAAAAAUUCGUGCAGAAGUUAAAAAAGUCUGUAAUGGCGAAACUCCCUCUGUCGAUCACCUCCCCAAACUCGCCCUGUUGAACAUGGUGAUAAACGAGUCAAUAAGGCUAUAUCCACCUGCAACUGUUCUACCCAGAAUGGCUUUUGAAGAUUUAAAGCUUGGAGAUCUGUUGAUUCCGAAGGGCUUAUCGAUAUGGAUUCCUGUGCUGGCAAUCCAUCACAGUGAAGAGUUAUGGGGAAAAGACGCAAAUGAGUUCAAUCCAGAGAGGUUUGCCACAAGAAUUCCAGGCCGCCAUUUCCUUCCUUUUGCAGCAGGCCCACGAAACUGUAUUGGGCAGUCGUUUGCGAUGAUGGAGGCAAAGCUGACAUUGGCCAUGUUGAUUUCCAAGUUCAAUUUCAGUAUUUCUGAUAAUUAUCGCCAUGCCCCUGUCACUGUGUUGACCAUAAAACCUAAGUAUGGAGUUCAAGUAUACCUGAAGCCCAUCGAUACGUGAGUCCUGAAGAUUAAUUUAAAAACUUAAUUAUUUACUUGAACCAGCAAUAGUUUAUCUAAAAAAUCAUUGUAAAACCAUCAUAUAUAAAAACAAAAGGAAUGGUUGAAGAAGAUGAAUAUGUCUAUGAUUUUUUCACAA